CAACACCUGGAGGAUCCUAUCACCAACGCAAGUCUUUGCAGCCGUCUAAACGCAGCGGACUUUUUUUUGGGGGGGGGGGGAGACCCUCAAGCUGUUUCCUAACGGGCUAGGACUGGAGAGGGCGCUGUCGUUUGCAGACCCGACAGGGCGGUCCUGCGCCCCCUCGAGGCUCAAAGUGAAGGCAAGGCACAUUGGAAGGAACUGUGCUCAUUGGUUCCGCGCGCCUCGCUUUAUCCGGCUGGCUAGCCAAGCCGAGAGAAAGCCUUCGCCCCCAAGAAGACAAAUGUUUGUUCAUGGAGUCAAGAAGCCUUGUUUUCCCUGUGCACGGCCUGCAGCAGCUCCAUAGCAACCCAGCUUGGCUGUAAUAGCGCCCAGUAACUAGGACAAGUUGCAAACGCCGAGCAAUUCGUGCGUGCCUACGCUUAGGCCCGCUGCAGUCUCUUUGCCCCGGGCCCAGCAGAAGUUAUUUCCCCGAGCUCCCCUGGGGACCAUGAGGCUUUAGCUCAGGCGCUAUACAGAGUCAGUGCGCCCAUCCUCACCAUGCGAGAGAAGAAGCUCACCACGGUGCCCCCCAGCAUAAGAGAUGAUGAGUUUGAGGAUUAUUUAGCAACCGAUGAUAUGCUUGUAGACUUCUUUAAUGAAUUCUUGAAUCUCCCCACCUUUGCAGAGCCAGUUAAGUUUAAUCCUGACUUUGGCGUUUUUGAAGUUACUACCGAUGCCCCACAGCAUCUGGAAAACCAGCUGAAAAAGAUGUUGCGUGAAAAGAAACCUCGGAAUCCCAUUUACGAUGUCAUAAGGCCAGCAAAGCAAGAAAUUCCAGACCUCAGACCUGUUCCCCCUCCCCCACCAGUGUUAAAUUUUGACCCGAAUUAUUCCACAAUGUGUCUGGACCGAGAGCAGGCUAUUGCGUGGAUUAAGAAGGAGAGAUUCCCAUCGUUUUUAGAGAGCGACUGUUACUUUGAAUACAGGUUAGCUAAGCUGAUAUCGCAGGUGGAGUGGAGCAGAACUGGUGUCAACAUUGUUAUAGAUAAAACGUAUUAUCCUUGGUUCAGCAAAAGCCUACCACCCUCAGAAGCCUCUGAAGAGAAUGAAAAUGACUUAAUUAUGAAAAAGUUCUACGUCUCUCUUGGCCAGGCUACUGUCACCCAGACGCGAGAUUGGUUUACUUUAGCCAAGCUAAGUCAGCGUAUGAUUACUACCGAUUCUUUUCCUCAUCCUGUGGCAUCUUCCCACGUUCAUUUUUCUCCUUGGCCUUCAGAGUCAUCUUCAGUCCUAGAUUUCAGGGGAGUACAAGGGAUGCCUAGUGUUUCAUCCACCGUUCUCCAUGCUGCUGCCCUUGGAGGCGCUGAGGGGAAAAACAACAACAUGCCAGAACUGGAAACUAAGAUGAGGAAGAAGCGCGCCCAAUCUGGUAUAUCACUUCUUCAGAGGGUAGUAGCUAGAAGAAGCAUAGAUGAGGGCCACUCUUUGUCUCUUCCUGAUACUCCUUCAAGCACUGUCUUAAGAGCAUACGUAGGGCAGGACUGGGAUGCUGCCCUUCAAGCAGGAAAGAGCAAGGAACUUGACCAACAACCCAUGUAUUUUCAAACAGUAGAUGAGUUUUCAUUAGCCUAUGCUCAGUAUAUACUUAGAAGCUCUGUAGCACAGGUUACUGGGCAGCCGCCCGAAGCCAGCCCAACUGCUAUCGACUUCGACAGAAUGUCUAGAGUGUUUAUAGUUGAGGUAGCAAACAUUCAACCUUUCGUGGAGCCACUUGAACCAAAAACCCUACUUCCUGCGGAUGAUAUACUAGAUAAGGGGAGCGAAAUAAGCACUAGUACAAAAUCUGAAAAGGAUAGCACUGAAAGCAGGGCUGCCUGGUGUCUUAGCCACAAGACUUACGAUAUUGGCAACAGGCAUGAAUUCGAAAGGUUCAAGAGGUUCAUCAAAGGAACUUUGGGAGAAAGGUACUUGCGGCUUUGGAUGGACAUUGAAAGACUAAAGGUUCUGCGGGAUCCUAAAAGACAGAGAAGACAGCUUGAUAAAAUGAAAAAAAUCUACUUAGUGAGCAAUGGAGAUUAUUUCCUUACCACUGAAGUUUUGAUGAAGCUAAACCUGAUUGAUGGGGACCAGUGGAACAUGUAUAACUUAAGGCGUGCUCAACCUGAAGUAGUGAAACCUUUGCUUCUUUACUGGGGUCCCCGGUUUUGUGUUAUCCAUACAGGAGCCACACAGGCUGUCAGCACCAAACUGAAAAUCUGGCAUUCUCGGCAACAGAAGCCACGUAUGGAUGUGGAUCCGUUCCCACAGAUGGUGUCACUGUUGCCACUGAGAGCUAAAUCUUGCAUGCCAAAAAUAGCACAGCCCCAGAGAGGAGAAAUGGGAUCAUCACCACCACCAAAGGGAGCUAUGUUAGAUCAGCAGAUGCCUUCCAGGCUGUUAUCAGCAGUCCUGCCCCGGAGCCAAAGUGCUAUUCAGGAAGAUCCUACCCUCCUCUUAAGUUCAAUGGAUGUUGACAAGAAGCGGCCAGCAACAGCUCAUAUGACAACAAUUCCUGACAAAACAGAUUAUCUGAUGCCAAAGCUAGAUAGAAAAUACACCUACGCGGAAAUGAUCCCCGGCACAACGACCGCAGCCGUUUCGGAACUGGGAAGUUCUGUAAUGGAAAGAAUGCUUCAGUCCCUUAACGUGGAGAGCAGAUCAGGCUACAUCUUUACUGAAUUCUGUGAAAAGUCGAAAAAUAAGCUGUGGAAGAACAGCACGUAUUUUUGGUUUGACCUGCAGGAUUAUCACCAGCUUUUCUAUCAAGAAACCAUCCAUCCUUUCAAAGUGGGCCAGCAAGCUCAAUUUCUAUAUGCCAAUUACAUUGCUCCUUCUGCUAGCAUGGAUAUUGGACUACAACAGAUCACAAAAAGUGAGAUUUACCAGAAAAUUGAGCCACCAUUUGAGGAUCUUUUUGACUCGGCAGAAGAAUACAUCCUCACCCUUCUUUUAGAUCCAUGGAUGAAGAUGGUAGAACAAGACAGAAAAACUUAUGGGCAGGUGGAGCUGGUGGAAGAAACUCGACAGCUGGACUCAGUGUACUUUAGAAAGCUGCAGGCUUUGCAUGGAGACAGCAUUUCCAAGAAGGAUGAGGUUUCAGCUGUCAAAGAAGAGGAGGUCCCAUUGCACCCUGAACCUACCGUAGUCACAGAACCCCCAAGUCAAGCACUUCCUGAAGAAGUUACGUCAUACAGCAUUCAGGACCUGUUAAAGAAGAAAUUGGAGCUGGAAGCUUUCCGGACCUUCCUUGAACAGCAGUCUGCAAGCAUUGACCUCACGUGCUGGCUAGACAUUGAACAGUUCCGUAGGAUGCUUCACAGAAAUAAAGAACUGAGAGAAGCAAAAUCUAAGGACAUUAAGAAUAAAUAUUUGAAUAGGAAAUACUUCUUUGGGCCUGGCAGUCCAGCUACAAAAAUGGAGCAAGAGCAGAUAAUGAAGUCGAAUGGAGGCUGGGGGUAUUUACUUCACGAACAAGUUGUUCCUGUGAUCUUGCUGGAGGUUCAAAAGUACGUACAGAGGAGACUUGAGAAGCAGUGGAUGCCACUGUUUUAUGCAAGCGAAGAAUCAGGACCACAGACAAGGGUCAAGCCACACUUCCAAGAUGCAGCAGAAGAUAUCUUAAUUCAAAGACUUGAGAAGAGAGCAGAAGCGUGGAAGCAUUUGGACAGUAAGUGGGUUUCUUCAUCUCGGGAAAUAAUUACUUUCCGCAAAGCCCUGUUGAAUCCAAUCACAGCCUAUCAGUUUCAACGCUAUGUGUCUCUGAAAGGAGAUUUACUGGAGAAUGGAGUGAUCUUCUGGCAGGAGGUGCAGAAAUAUAAGGACUUGUGCCAUUCCCACUGUGACAGUGCUAUCAUCCAGAAUAAGAUCACGACCAUCAUCAACUGCUUCAUAGAUUCUGCCAUCCCACCAGCUCUUCAGAUUGACAUACCUGAGGAGCAGGCCCAGAAGAUCAUUGAGCACAGGAAAGAGCUAGGCCCUUAUGUGUUUAGAGAGGCACAGAUGACUAUUUUUGCUCUUCUGUUUAAAUUCUGGCCACAAUUUUGUGAGUUCCGAAGCAAUUUGGCUGACGAGAAGAUUUUGCCUAUUCUGGAGAAGCGAAGAGAAAAGAAGCUGAGAAAAACAAGAGAAACAGAUGACGGGGCAUUAGGGAAGAAAACUCCCAUGUCUGUUAAGAUGGGUUCUGUUCUUGAGAGUAAAAUGAGUAAAAGUGAGAUUUCAUCUUCGCCGAGCUUUACUGAAUAUGGCCGACAGGCCUGGUCUUAUUCAAAGUACCUAGAAGCUCUCCAGCAGGAAAGAGUUCUUCUGAAGAUCCAAGAUGAACUGGAUAAAAAAUCAAUAGCAUCAUCAGCGUAUACAGAGCUCUCAAACUUUCUCACGCUGAAGAGCGAUCAGUCAGAAAAACCCAUGAUCACAACAACUUACAGCAGUGCUUUUGUGAAACAACGUCUAUUACAUCCCAAAGAUAGUGAAAGAACUCCAAAGCUUUAAGUGUGGAAUGUGAUGAAGACAUGAAGACAUGAUGGAUUUGCUGCUACUCUGGGAGCAAUCCAAUGCAGAAAUAAACUAUUGUGGGCAAUUUGCUUGUACCCCGGUUCCUUCAGUGGUAAAGGGGGGCACUGGCCUUAUUUAUUGUGCUAUUAUGUGCUACAGCCGCCCCCCCCCCCACUUUGGGGUGGAGAUUUUGUCCAUCAACACAACAGUAUGAAGUAUGUGUAAGGGAAUGGCUAUAGUUCAACAGAUGCUUUGCAUGGAAAAGUUCCUUGAUUAGAUCCCUGGUAUUUCCAGGUAGGGAAAGGCUCAUUGCUAGUCAGUGUAGACCAGGCACCCCCAAACUGCGGCCCUCCAGAUGUUUUGGCCUACAACUCCCAUGAUCCCUAGCUAACAGGACCAGUGGUCGGGGAAGAUGGGAAUUGUAGUCCAAAACAUCUGGAGGGCCGAAGUUUCGGGAUGCCUGGUGUAGACAAUACUGAAUUAUAUGGACUAAUAGCCUUGGUUUAAGAUAGCUAUCUGUGCUCAACUUCCCUUUGAAAUAUAAAUCUUGGUGCUGCUCAGAGCCAAAGGGGGAGAGAUCCAGAUGGCUUGUGUCUGCUGAUGGUUGGGAAUGAUAUUAGCAAGAGGGUCUGUUAGCACCAUUCUUAUUCUGAUUAUCAAGAUACAAGGAAAAUCAAGGCAUUGCCUCUUGCUUUCUGGCAUGUUGGAGUAUCAGUAGAAAGAGCUAUCCUAAGGACAGAGGCCGUAGCUCAGCAAAUGCUAGAAAUAUAUGAAAAACCCACUAUGUGAAGACUCCUGAGGGAUUGUAAUUCCCUGCAAGUUCUGUACCAGUGUUUAUCAUAUUGUUUUUAAAGCUACAGUACAGCCUAUUCUUUCUAUAGGUUACAGGUGAUGUGAAGUGGGGGUGGGAAGGACCCACACAUAUUAGAUAUUCCUUCCCUUUUCACCAUUCCAGUUAAAUGAUGAAUAAUUUUACUACUGAUGAUUUGGUUCGGAUCCAUCUCUUGGCAGAUUGCUUCCUUAGGCAUAUGAUAAGCAAUCAGGAUCAUUUCCUUUCUCAGUAGAAAUUACAGUAGCAAUGGAUCAACAUUCUAUUAAAGAGCCUUCUAGGUAGCUUCCGUUUUUUAUUUUUACAAUAAAAAAGUACAAUCCAAAAUUAUCUACACACCCAACAGUUGGUUUAUCCAUGUCCAAAUGUCCACCAGUUCAUUCUUCCAUGUUGUCUACUGUAUUCUGAGGAACUUAAUAACUAAAGACCCUGCUGUAUAUCUUAAUUGGUAGCUCUGUUCUGAGUUAUACUAGGUGGACUUGUUAUAUGAAGGAUAUUAUCCAGAUACAUGUCAGAGAGGAUAAAAUGUCAUAUGAAUGCUAUCCAGCCUUUCAGAAUUAUAUCCACCCAUUCAGUUAAAUGACUUGUUUCCCUUGUGGUCUUGAUGGAGGUGGUGUAACUGAAUGUCUUAUUUGCCUGUCAUAAAGGAGCCGGAAUUGCUUUGGUGCAUAGGUAGAAUUUUGCAUGACCGGCUGUAAUUCAUUCAUUCCUUUAUCAACAUUAAGUCUUCCAGAAUACACAAAUUGAUGUUGAUGUUCAUAGAUCCAGCUAACAGUUGGGCCAAGUUAUGAUCCAGCCAAGUUAAACACUUUUGAAUACAAUUGAUUUUAAUGAGAAAGUUUAUCAUGACCUCAAGUCUCUUCCCUGCAAAUCAAUUGAACUUAAAAAGUGUUCUUAUCGUGCCCCAUAUGUUUUGUUCCCAACUGGCUAUUUAAAAUUUAAAAAACAGCAUUAUUGCACCUAAAGACUAACAGAUUUAUUGAGUGGCAAUUUUUGGUAUAGAGAAUCAUUGGAAGUUGCAUUAUACUGAGUCUGGCCACUGGUCCAACUAGCUCAGAAUUACCUACACUGACAGGCAGCAGCUGUACUCUAGGGUUUCAGGCAGGAUUCUCUCCCACCCCUGCCUGGAGACACCAGGGAUUGAACCUGGGGUCUUUUGCAUGCAAAGCAGAUUCUUUACCACUCAGCUAUCAGCCCCUCCUUGGACAAUCCAUUCCCCCCCCCCAGCCCUCUGUGCCUCCCCAAAUCUGCUUUAGAAGACUGGGCCCCCCUGUGGUGCAGUUUCCAAUGGGUGCACAGCUGCAAGGGUUACUGCUGAAAUGUCCCUCUUACUCUGCACUGAUUACAGAGAUCAGUGGAAGGACACCAUUUGGUAUCACUCUUUGUGACUAUUUAAAGAAAUGGUUUUAUGUUAAUGCCAUGAAAUAUGACUAUUGCCUAGUUGUAUUUUUGAUGUGUUUUGAUGCAUUGGGUUGUGU